AUGCCCGAGCAGCCAAGGGAUGUCGUGGGGGACAUCCGGGUGUGCCGAUUCCUUCGCUUCUAUGGCCACAAGGUGAACGAGGCUGCCAAGGGGCUGGCAGACUUCCUGAAGUGGUGGGUGGCAGAGGACAUCCUAGCCUUGCGAAAGGGCAUCAUUGACUUAGACGUCGAUGACUUCCACGCCUGGGUCGAUUCGGUGAGGUCACCAUACGCUCCUGUCAUGGUGCCUGGCUUCGCCGAGACCGAGGAUGGGCACCUGGUGAUCUUUGUAUCCCCCGGGUACUUCAAGGCACAGGAGUUCGCAAGCCAGCGCCCGGCAUGCCACACCAUGGACAACGAUCUGAUGUUGGUGAGAGCGGGCCUUGAAUGGAUGAUGAAGCGCUUGGAUGACAAGUGUUAUGCGAAACAGAAGAUGCUGUACUCGAUUAAAGUGAUCGAUGCCAUUCAUUUGGGGAGAGAGACGCUUCCAAUCCGGGUCUACGAGAUUCGCAAGUUCGCUCAAGACAACGGCAAGCAGAUUAUGACAAUGUAUUGUGAUCAUGACAUCCUCAUUAUGAUCGUGAACGCUCCAUGGAUUAUCCGCUUUGUGACCAUGUUUGCGACAACCUUGAUGUCCAAGAGACAAACUGCUCGGCUUAGAGUCCUUGGAAGCGCUUCCGAUGAGGAUGUGCAGGCACAGCUCAGACUUGUUGGACCGAAGAGCAUGUUUCCACCAUCCCUGGGAGGUACCCGCAAGCCAGAGGACAUCCCGAUGUACUUCCCUCUGGCACAAGAGAAUCAAGCCAGGAUCGCCAAGUGGAUGGCGCUAAAAGAAUCCGGGAUUACCAGAAAGGGUGCUACGAAGCCACCGACACCGGGCGCCGCCAAGAAAUCCAAUGAGCAGGAACAGGUUGCAGCCACCAGCGUGACGACGCCAAUUGCCAAUGUCGACGUGGAGGAGGAGUCUGCAGCGAAGGUAUCCGCCGAGGCAGUGCCCUCGGUCAAGGAAGAGAAGGAAGAGGAGAAGCCGGUCCUCUUGGAGGAGGCCCCGCCACAGAGUGGAGGCUGGUUCUGCUGCGCGGCACCGUAG